GGAUGCGAACGCAAGCCUGAACCACGUGGUGAGGAGGAUGAUGCACGCGGUCGCGCAGGCCGACAUCAUUUUCAGGAACGCCGACUUUGAUGAGGACGGGGUGCCUGAUAAUAUUGGUUUUUCAGUGAAAUACAUCCUAGUGCUGACGUCCGAAGACACCAACAUGCGGGUAUUCGGCGAACUCCUGAAGGAGCAUUCCAUCGACGGCCGCGACUACCUGAUGCGGUUCGCGCGGUUGCGGCGCCUGUCCGAAGUCUGUCUCGGAGUCGCCUUCUCAGGACAUGCCUUCCAUAAUAGGACACUUGGGUUGAGCUUCACCUCUCUCGGUGGUGGCAUGGGCGGCGCAGCGGGCGGGCUGUGCGACCGGCGCGCUUACGGGCGCUCCUUCAACACGCUGGCUAUCGCCCACGCCACGUCUGAUGAAAAGGAGCGCGUGCCAGAGAGGAUAGCCGCUUUAACCUUGGCGCAUGAGAUGGGCCACAGUUUCGGCGCCCACCACGACGACAAUUUCCCAAACCCGGAGUGCCGCGGGUACUUGAUGGGCUCGCAGUCCACCGCGGCUGAUAGCGGCAUGAACUUCGAGUUCUCUAUGUGCAGCAAGCGGCUCAUAGCUGCCACUCUGAGCAGCAUGAGCUACUGCCUGUCAGAGGAGGAUAGGCCUUAUUGCGGGAACGCAAGCGCCUUAUAG